UGAUGGAUUUAAUACGAUUGCAUCUGUAGCCGUACUUUUUGGCAAAAAACAGCUCGGUCUUAGUCUAAAGGAUUUAUUAAUAGCUGCCGUAAUAACUCCUAUAUGUGCAUUCAUUGGAGUUUACAUAUUUUUAAAAAUUCAACAAUACUUUAAUUUACGAACUAAAACGAUGAUUAUCAUAACAGCAAGCCUUUAUUCAUUAAUUCCAAUAUAUGGAUUAAUUGGUUUUGUAGCACCUUUCGGGUUCAAAAACCUUUGGGAGGUUUGGAUGUUCGCUGUUUACUUUGGAUUCUCAUUGGGUGCUAUUCAGAGUUUUUGUCGAGUUUUGUUUGGAAGUAUAGUACCACGUGGACAUGAAAAUGAAUUAUUUUCACUUUACGAAAUUACUGAUAAGGGUUCAAGUUGGUUGGGCCCAUUAGUUACUGGUUUAAUAAGUGAUACAACCCACGACCUUCGAUAUUCUUAUUGGUUCUUACUUGUUAUGAUGACAAUACCAAUUGCCAUCAUUUUUACCGUCGAUGUUCAAAAAGGUAAAGAUGAUGCUGAAAAUUUU